CACAUUUCCCGUCACGUGAGACGACUGCUGACGUCACGCUGACGGCAGGUCACGCCGCCAUGCAUGUUGCAGAGUUUGAAGUCUGUCUAAUGACUCGAACAAGUUGCGGCAAUAAAAUGGAAUUGAUAAGAGCAACACCUGACGUUUAUAAACACAGCGACAGAACGGUCCGACAGACGAGCGGGAGUCUGCGGUAAAAACCCAAACAGCGGGAGAAAACGGCGGCAGCUGAGAAUCGCAGAGACUCCCUCCCUGUGGUCCUCCAGGUAGUGCGUCGGCGUUUCUCCGGCCCGCUGGUGCUGCCCCCACUCUGGAGACGACACUCUUGCCACGAGCACGCUCUGACCCUGGACCAAUUAGAAGUGCUGUACCACAGAGCAGUGACCAGUCACGAUGCACACCGGUCAGUUUCACAGUUUGGCUUUGCUUUUUAUGCUUCGUCCCGCUGAUCUGAUGUCUCACCAUUCAGAGCGCGUUGUGUUGUGGCCUUUGGCGUAAAUGUUGUGUUGUUGACAUGAAUCGUUCUUUUUUUGCUGACAUAACAACACAUUAAUUAAGGGGAACAAAAAACCCCAUCCCUCUUCCUCCUCUCCUCCCUUUGUUUCUCACUUUCACUCCCUCCAAUUGCGACUCUUCGCUUCAGGGUGAAAAACAAAAAUAUCUGUCAGCAGAUUUUCUUUUUGGAAUCAGAAGUGUGACUUAGAAAUGUGUGCGUUUUUAUUCCCCCUUUAAGUGGGUGCAGAAAUCAGCAUGCACGGUCGACACCCAUACUGUUGUUUGUCAACCAGAUGGAGCUCCUGCGCCUCCACCUGUUGUCUCUCCAGCCUUGUUAACCAUUAGAAUGCAUCAGCGGUUGUUGUUGUUAUUCUCCUGUGUGUCUCUGAUGUCUUUGGUUGAUCAAUCAACUGGAAAACCAGUUUGAUUACAAAAAAACUCAUUACUGUGGAAAUCCUUUUUCCUUCCUUUUUUGUUCUCUUCUUUUCUCUUCUUUUCUUUCCUGUUGUUCGGCAGCACUAAAAUGAUUGCUAAGUAUAAGAUGUGUGUAUUCGGGAAGGUGUGGUUCAAUAAGACUAAAAAAGUGAGAAAAGAUAGAGGGGGGUAGAAAAGGGGAAGACACUUAGAGGAAAUGAGAAAGAGACCAUACGGUAGAGGGAGUGAAAAUAAGCGCAUGAGACAAGCAGAGGGGUGAGGAAAAUGAAGGAGAGAGAGAGAGAGAGAGAGAGAGGGGUGGUAGAGACCGAGGGGAUAUAAAAGAUACAGAGAGAAGGAGAGAGAGCAAGGCAGUGUGUUUCCAUCACUGAUGCUACUGGUCAGCAGCAGCAGCAGCAGCAGCGCCACCAACAUGUCUCUGUCUCUCUGUGCGUAAACGCCGCGUAAAACUCAGAGAGUUUUCGCUUUUCUUUCUCGUUUUUCCUCGCGCCCUUGUCAAACCGCAUCGUUUCAAAACAAGGGAGAAAAAACAAAACAAAAAACGAACAAGGAAGGAAGACAGACAGAAGUGAAGAAGAAUGGACUGUGCCACUCUGAACAGAGACGGAGCGGGUUUCGCCAAACCUCCCAAACACUUGUGGCGACAGCCCCGAACUCACAUACGCAUCAAACAGCGCUUCAACUCGGACUCCGAACGCUACCUGUGCCGGAACAGGACCCUGGAGAAGCUGAGACCCGGACUGAAGAAGCCCCGCAUGUCCUGGCCGUCCUCACAAAAACGUUUUGACGUGGAGAAUGGCCUCUCUGUGGGUCGCAGUCCACUGGACUGCCAGACCAGUCCUGGUUCUGGUCUGGUACUACAGGCCAACUACCCUCACAGUCAGCGCCGGGAGUCCUUUCUCUACCGCUCUGACUCGGACUUUGACCUUUCUCCCAAAACCAUGUCCCGCAAUUCAUCAACUGCGAGUGACCUACAUGGAGAAGACAUGAUCGUGACUCCAUUCGCACAGGUUCUGGCGAGUUUACGAACCGUGCGAAGUAACGUUGCAGCUCUGACACAUCUACAAGACCGUGUGGGCAACAGGCGGCCUUCUGGGAGCAACCAGCCGUCCCUGUGUAAGCCAUGUCUGGCAGAGGAGCCUUACCAGAAGUUGGCUGUGGAGACACUGGAGGAGCUGGACUGGUGUUUGGACCAGUUAGAGACGCUGCAGACAAGAAAUUCUGUCAGCGAGAUGGCAUCCAAUAAGUUUAAGAGGAUGCUAAACCGUGAGCUGACGCAGCUGUCAGAGACCAGCCGCUCAGGGAACCAAGUGUCAGAGUUCAUCGCCAACACCUUUUUAGAGAAGCAACAUGAUGUGGAGAUCCUGUCUCCACCCAUUAAGGAGAAGGAGAAGAAGAAGAGGCCGAUGUCACAGAUCAGUGGUGUGAAGAAGGCCACACAGAGUCCCAGCCUCGCCAACGCCUGCAUCCCUCGCUUUGGAGUCAAGGCACCGAACGAGAGUAUGCUGGGCAAAGAGAUUGAGGACAUUAAUCGUUGGGGUUUGGAUAUCUUCAAAAUAGCAGAAUAUUCCGGGAACCGCCCGCUUACGGUGGUGAUGUACUCCGUCUUCCAGGAGAGAGAUCUUUUAAAAACCUUUAAAAUCCCAGCCGACACCUUCAUCACCUUCAUGAUGACCUUGGAGGACCACUACCACGCUGAUGUAGCCUACCACAAUAACAUCCAUGCAGCUGAUGUGGUCCAGUCCACACAUGUCCUUCUGUCCACUCCAGCUUUGGAGGCAGUGUUCACGGAUCUGGAGAUCAUGGCUACUCUGUUCGCCAGUGCCAUCCACGACGUAGACCACCCUGGAGUCACAAACCAGUUUCUCAUCGACACCAGUUCUGAGUUGGCCGUGAUGUACAACGAUACCUCGGUGCUGGAGAACCACCACCUCGCUGUUGGCUUCAAACUACUACAGGAAGACAAUUGUGACAUUUUCCAAAACCUCAGCAAGAAGCUCAGAGACUCACUUCGGAAGAUGGUGAUUGACAUGGUGCUGGCCACGGACAUGUCCAAACACAUGAACUUCUUGGCAGGCAUGAAGACAAUGGUGGAAACCAAGAAAGUGACGAGUCUAGGAGUCCUGCUGCUGGACAACUAUUCUGAUCGCAUUCAGGUUUUGCAGAACAUGGUCCACUGUGCCGACCUCAGUAACCCCACCAAACCUCUGGAGCUGUAUCGACAGUGGACAGACCGCAUCACGGUGGAGUUCUUCACACAGGGAGACAGAGAGCGAGACAAGGGUAUGGAGAUCAGUGCCAUGUGUGACAAACACAAUGCUUCAAUUGAGAAGAACCAGGUGGGCUUCAUCGACUUCAUCGUCCACCCGCUGUGGGAGACCUGGGCAGACCUGGUGCAUCCCGAUGCUCAGGACAUCCUGGACACUCUGGAGGACAACAGGGAGUGGUACCAGAGCAUGAUUCCUCGCAGCCCAUCGCCCAGCAGCCCAGAGGAGCACCACUGUGAGGGAGAGCCUGGUGGAGGAGGAGGUGGAGGGGGAGGAUCAGUUCAUUCAGGUGGAGGAGGAGGAAGCGGAGGGGACAAGUUCCAGUUUGAACUUACUCUUGAGGAAGAAGAGGAAGAGGAGGAGGAGGAAUCUGACCCAGAGAGUCCAUUGGAGGAGGAGUCUCAGUCUGGCGGUGAGAGGCAUCAUGACUCCUCCUCUUCUCCUUCUCUGUCCCCGGACCCUCGCAGAAGCAACACAAGGUACCGCCCCCCUUCACCUCACCCACCGCGGACCCUAAGUCUGGCUGCCAUGUCGAUGCAAAGCCCUCAUUGUCACAAGGCGCUGGACUCCCAGGAACAGGGGGAGUCAGACGGAGAUGGAGAACUGAGUCGGGAGGGCGAGGAGGUCGUCUGCCUCUGUAUGGACACGUAA